ACCCUUUAUGUUUUAUAUUUUUUUUUCUUUCUUUUUUUUUCUUUUUCAUUCUAAAAUCUUGUUUUCUCUGCUUCAUCUUUUCUUUGACAUGUUUUCGUACAGCGCCUCGAUGCACUCGCUCGCUUUCGCCUAUCUUUACACGCAUUUCUCUCGCCACGCUAUCUCACCCACCUCGCUCAUACGCUAUCGCAUGCUCGUCUGCAUAUUCAGCGACCUCGUCAGGAUACGCCUGUCGCUCACGUUUCGCUGCACUCGGACCCAAGCGAAAUGCUUCAUACUUGCUCGGCGAUGACUCGACCGCCGAAGUAACGAAUAACCAGCUGCACUCUGCCGCUUUGUGUGCACCCGAUCUCUCUGUGUUGUUUACGUUUCGAGCAGGGGCUUGCGCUUUUCUUUCUCUGCUGUGCCGAGCUUACGUGACCACUCGGGCGUCUGUGAUUCUCGUGAGCACUUUGCGCUCGAGUGCUCGGUCGGAAUUUCAUCCUGGCGUUCGCUCGUAUCGUCGCGAAGCGAAGGUGAAAAGUAACGGCCGAGCGAGGAUAAGAAAGAAAAAUUGCAUCCACCUCGGUCGAGCGGCGAUCGGCUCGGGCGCGGCGUUCGACUUGCGAUUUGGCACGAGAAAAAGCCGAGGAAAGUUCAAAGCACCGGCAGCAUUGCGAGCAGGAUUGCGUUUACAGCAGCUUGGCGACUUUUGCCUCUUCUAUUAUUACACCGAGAGCGCUCUAGUUUCUCGAUAUUCCGUUUUUUUUUCCCUUAGCGCGCUCUCGCGCCACCGAGCUCUUUUAUAAUCCGGUUGCGCGCGCGGGAUUUUCGCGACUGGAGAACGUCCUCGUAGGCGGCCUCGCUCUCGACUUCCGGGUCUCGACUCCGCGCGCGGGCCAGCGAGUUAUUAUAGCGGUCUCGCCCCCUUGUCCGCGGGCGUGUCGCGCGCGAGUCGGCGCUCUCAGUUAUGUAACGCUUUCGCGGGGCGCCAUCGACGUGGCCGCCGUACGACGCACGGGCGGCGUUAUCGUGGCCGCGAGAGCUUUAUUUUGGGACGCGCGAGCCUCUCGCAGUUUGCGCGAAAAUCGAGAGGAAUUUUGAUCGCGCGGCCGAGAGAGAAGGCUGGAUUAUUUAUACACGUGCGAGCGCUUCGCCGCGAAAUUUCGCCCAGCUGGGCACUCGCCGGUCGUGCACGAAUUGUCUCGUGCAAACUGCCCGAGUGGCUUUCGUAAAUUGUGAGCAAGGCGUGACGACAGAAUGCCGCAGGCCAGAAUCGAAGAGAGUGCAAUCGUACAUGCCGUUGGAAAGCAGCGGAGUUUGUUGAGAGGAGGAGCAAUGUGGUUGCGCACGUGUUAUAGAUGUAGAGCGCCAUGGCAACCCUUGACAUUAAGUUUUCGAAAUUCGACAACCGUCCAUGGGGCUUUCGUCUGGCGGGAGGAAGUGACUUCCCCGAACCCCUUACAGUGAUUAGGGUAUCGGAGGGAAGUCUUGCAGAAUGCAUGGGCUUGAAAGUGGGCGACGUGGUCGUGAAAUUGAACGAUCAGCCGAUAAGCGACAUGACCCACGGUCAGGCCCACGAGGCCCUCACGCUUGCCGGCAACAACUUCGUUUUAGCAGUUCGAAGAACAGAAGAUCCAAGCAAGGCGAUCGAAGGCAUCGAGAAGAAGAUCGAGCCGUAUAUGCUCCCCAUCGAAGAGAUACUACUCUGUCCAGUUGACGAAAAGAGAGAAGUGACGCCGGACGAGGUGUCGCGAGUCGAGGAACCGCCGGAAGCGAGCGAAGACGAGGGCCAGGUCGAGGAGUACCCGGAGAAACCGCGCGACAUCAACAGCGACCCGCUGCCCAAGACUGACCUUACCGAGGAGGAAAUCGCUCAGCUGAUUCUCGACGAAGAGGAGGUGCUCAACGACAAAGGCGUUUUGGGCGUGAACUUCAAGAAGAUCAGGCCGCGCGCGCCUCUCCUCAAGCAAUCCGAGGUCUUCCGCGAGCUGCAGAACGAGAUCGCCGCCGAGCCGGAGGAAGUGCAGGAGCGCAAGCGCCAGUCGACUUUCCUGAAGAAGCCCGACCGGCCGGCGCCCAAGCCCAAGCUCGCGCAGGAGGAAAGCGAGGCCGAGGUCGAGCCCUACCGCGUGGUGAUCAAGAAGCAGCCGAAGCGACCGAUAACCGAGCGCCUGCUGCAGAAGGGACUGCUCGAUCCGUCGCGCGCGACCACACCCGACACCGUGAGCAGCUUCGCCAUCGCGGACACCAUCUCCGAGGUAAACGGGCACACCUGCACGGCCACCUGGUCCUUCACCUCCCACUCGACCGAACCGAGCGCGAGCGAGCCCGACAUGCUGCCCAUCAGCGAAGGCGUCGAGGACGUGUCCCCGCCGGCGUCGCCCCUCUUCGACCACGAGCUCCCGCUGGCUGAGCCGAAUCCCGAACCCGAACCCCGACCACCCAAGUCGCCUGCGUCCGUCAGGGAGGAGCCCGUUGUCGCGGAGAACGCUAUUACUCCCGAGAAGCCGACGGAGGAGCCAUUCGGCCCGACUGUCGCGCCGCGGCGCAGCGCCAAGAAACAGAGGCUCUGUCGCAGGGGCAGAUACGCCAAGCGCUGCCUCGGCCGCGCCCUGGACUCGCUCAAGUCCAGCCCCGAGAGCAAGACCAAGCCAAGGCUACUGCGCAGGGCCCGCUACUUCGAGAGACUCGUCGGCGACAUCAAGAGCUCCUUCGGCGGCGCAGCCCAGCGCAGGACCAGCUGCAGCGAAGAGCAGAGCUUGCUCAACGUGCUCAUGUUCGCCUCCCUGGCGUGCAGCUUGCGUGACACCUACGACACCGAGAUUCUCCAUCGCGGCUCCAGCCGCCGAAACUCGCGCAGAAUGUCCAGCUGCAGGCGCGACUCGAGCACCCUGCCGCUCUACGAGCCCGGCUCGGGCUCCUUCUUCUCUUUCUCGCGCAAGAGUAGCCUGCAAGGCGAGAGUCUCAAGAGCUUUCAGAUCAGGUACGCCGAGGGUAGGCGCAGGCUGUCGGUCAUGUCGAUGAUGGUCGCCGACAAAGUCAGCAACGCCAUGAGGACCGACCUGGCUCGCGGACUCGCUUACGCGAUGGUCCCGUGCGCCUCCGCCCUCGCGUUCUUCAUGUUCAAUUACGCCAAGCGCUACAACAACGUCGAGCAUCACGAUGCAAAUUUGUAUUUCAUGUUUAUAAAACACUUCACUUCACAUUUGAAAAUUCGUAUACCAUCGUCUAAUUUCAUACUCAAUAAAACAACGCCCGCUGCAACACCAGAGCCGACAAUCCAAAGUUCCGACGGAGGGUCGCGUCCCCAGUCAGUGGCAUCGGUCAUCGAAGUCGUCGACCAAUCCAAUAAUCCGGAGGAGGCUAGGCGAGAGUCUCGCGAAGAUCAAGCGGCGCAACCAGAGCCGCGCGUCGAGGAGCCGGCGAACAACGACGAGAAGGAGGAGGACAAGCCGGUGCAAGUGGUCAUAAGGCGACCUUCGAAGGCCGAAGUGGACGUGGAAGUGGAGGUAACGAUGGACCGCGACAAGAUCAAAGAGCUCGUCACCACGGAGAUCAGCCUGGAGCGUCAACUGGCCAGUGUGCAGAGCCAACUGAUGGCUCUGAAGCAGCUGCCGAGCGAGAUCGAGAAGCACUUGAGAAUCGUGUCCGAGCAGCUGCACAAGAUCAUGGAGCUGAGCGGCGUCGAUCAGCCGCAGCUCCUCGACAAGCCCCAGGCGGACGAGACGUCGCAAGCGGAAGAGUCGAGCCGGCAAGAGGAAGCGCAAGCGUGCAGUCGGCGAGAUGAGCGAGAGCAGAGGAGCGAGGCGGAGCAAAGAAAAACUGCGGAAGAGGAAGAGGACAAAGCGAUGUCCGAGGACGACGUAGAGGAGACGUCCUCCAGUUACCCGCCUCACCUGGCCGACACCGAGUACUCGUCGAGCUACUAUGCCAAUUUGGCCGAGGACAACACGGAGGACGACGCCACGUGGAGAUCCGACAAGGUCGAGAUAUCCGUGAAGAGCAACGAGGACGACGGCCAGCACCGGGUGAAAAAGUACAUCGUCACCUACGAGUCCAAAGUGGUCGAGGAGACGAGGAGAGCGCAGAGGCCCGCAUCCAGGGAUCACAGUCCCGUGGACGUCGAGUCGAUAAAGAGCUUCGAGGCAGAUCCCAAUUUGAGCUUACAGCAACAGUUGGUCGAGGAGUUCAAGCACAGGCAAGGGAGAAAGCGCGAGUCGCGCGACCAUCUGUGGCAGCCGCAGGCUAAGCAGCUCGAGCUCACCUACGGACGGCGCUGGAGGUGCCCCAACGAUUUCUUCAACGACGAGAUGAUCGCCGACGUGCUCUCCUCACAGGCCGAGGUCAUCCGUGGCAGGGCUCUCGGGGUCAACUUCAAGAAAUUCGAGAAGGCGAACGCCUUGCCCAACUACGACCACCUCGUGAAUUCCAGCGUCUACAAGAUGAUACAUAAGAUGGACGCCGAGCCAAAGAAAGGAAUUCCAGCCCGGCCGCCGAAGGUGAUGGCAGCCGAGGACAUAAUCGAGAGGGUGAACACACCGGUGUGCGGCAUGUCCAGCAGCGAGUGCCUCGGAUCAUAACCGUUUUUACGCAGAUUGGCUACCAUUCGACGACCGCGACGACGACGACGACGACGACGACGACGACGACGACGACCACGACCACGACCACGACGAACAACGAAGCCAACGGAAGAUCAAUUAUUCAAGUUUUCCAGGGGCCUCGCUAAGGUCUCCAUGCCACUCUUGGAAUUUCACUUUUUUCUUUGCCAAGGAUCAUGGCUUUAUUUUCGCUGCGCAAUGCCAAAUCAAAGCGACGCGAUCUGAGACGUCCUUCGUCGCGAUCCACUGAACAAGCUCUUCGCUUCAUUCUUUCGAGCAGUCAUUUAUUUUAUAUAAAAAUAUACACUUCGAAAGAAAUUGACA